UUUGGCAUACUCGUAACUAUUGAUCCGAAUAAAUUGAUUAUACUAAUUUUUAUGAGCAUAUGUACAUUUUUCUUGCCUAAGAGAUUUUCGUCCUACAGCUUAAAUGUCAUAAGAUACUUAUGAGGAAUUCUUCUAUCGUCAUAACCCCAUGCUUGACUGGUAGAGAAUGCCUUAUAGCAUUAAAUCCGCCAUUUGUACAAUUUUAUAUCGUGCAAGAAAGUUUAAAUAAAUUAAUUAAUAACCCGUAUAGCCUUAAUUCGAAUAUCGUAAUUGUUUAUGCGCACACACUUGUCUAAGAGAUUUUAUCCUACAAGUUAAAUGCCAUAAGCUCUUAUGUUGAAUCCUUCUAUAUGCAUAACCCGUAUAGUCUACAUUGGAAUAUCUUCAAACUUAUACUACUAAUGCGUAACUAGCCCAAUAUUAAUUUUAACAUGCAAUAGUUUAAUGCAUAAUAUCAAGCCUAACCUAACCUGCUUUUUCUGACAACAGUCCAUCUUCGUGGGGAUCGCAGUUCUCACUUAACCUAACCUGCUUCGGCUGCUUCCCGCUUUUAGGACAAGACUUUGUCUUUGUACGGGUCACAGUUCUAACCUAGCCUAACCUGCGUUUUUGGUAACAUUUCAUCUUUGUGGGAGUCGCAGUUCUAACUUAAUCAAUCCCAAAACAACUGACUGGUAGAGAAUGCCUUAAGGCAUUAAGUCCGCCAUUUGUACCUACAUGUAUUGUGCAAUAAAGAUUAAAUAAAUAAAUAAAACAAACCCAAUCGUUUGCAAAAAACAUACGGAUAGCUAAGAUAAGCGUUAACAAUGUGUAAAAAUGAUAGCAUUUUGCUUCGUUUUUAUCGAUUGUCAUCUUGACUAGGCCCCCCUUGACUGAGGUCGUUUUAUACAGCCUAAAAUGAUAACAUAAAUUAUAUAAGUAAUUUCAAUGUUAUUAUUUUCAACAUUAGUAGAAGCAUCUGUUAAGACGCAUUGAAAAUUAGGAAGUUUGUAGUUAUAAAAAUCCGACAUUAGUCAUUUUUGUAUACGGCCAAUGAAUGUUUUGCGCCUUAGUCACACAGCUUUUUAGGCGAAAUGAAGCAUUAUUAUAAUGACACUUGCAUGCGAAAUGGCGUUAUGCCAAUCGUGUUAUGCCAUGUGAAAAUAUUACAAACAACGAUAAACACAGCCCUCCGCGCCAAAUUUUCGGGAUACGCAAAAAUAUGAAAAAUUACUGGUGUAUUUUAAACGUCAAAGAAUGGUUUACUCUUAGAACUUUAUCAUAAAGUCAAAGUUAGGCAAUUAUUAAUCAACAUUUUUUUCUCGAACUUUCCUCUCUACUGUAAAAAAAAAUGUUACAAUAAUCGACGUAAAAAUAUUUCGCUUCGUGGAGUCCUUCUUACAUACAUACUUUAUGUGUUAGUUAUUAAAUACUAUGCUUAAAAUUAAUAGUAACAAAAGUACCUAUCCAUUAUUUCAGAAUUUUUAUAAGUGAUUUUAUUUAAUUUAGCAUGUAUAUGAGAGGGAAACAGAGCGAAAAAAAGUUAAAAUAUUUAUUUAAGCCUUACAAUAAUGAAGAAAGUUCAAGCAAAUUUUGUUAGUUAACAAUUUCCUAACUUGUUGAAAAAAUAACUUUUAAGUAAAUUUCUAACAGUAGUAAACACAUCAAACUUUAACAUAUCAAAGAGUGCUUUAUGUUUAAGUUAUAGUUAUAGAAUAUUUAGAAUCUUUAAAAUAAUAUUAAAAUUUUAAUGUUACGUACAAUACGUAUACUCGCUUUUUCUCCCCGUGCGCAUAAUCCGAAAAUGAGGUGCGGAGGAAUAUUCAGCGUUCAAUGGAAAUAUAGUUCUGCAAGUAAGGACGUUUUUUCUGGAAAUUACCACCUCUUUAAUAAUAUAUUAUUUCGAUUUAUUAAUUAUUAUUUUUUUAAAGAUAUUGGUGGAAAACGAAAUAAGUAUCUUCUUUUUCCACCUUUAAAUUGUCUAUAACUUCUGAAAUUUUUUGUGUGCUAAUAAACGCUUCGAAUUCAAUACAUCAUUCCGAAUCCAAUGUGGUAUUUUUAGGAGGAGUACGAGUAUCUCUAUUUUUCACCGUUUUGAACUUGUCGAGUAGUCUUGGGCUUGAAUAGACUUUGGACGUGGCAAAAGCAAUACAUACAAAUACACUUGAAAAACAUAUUCUUUAGUCAGUAGGCACUUUUUAACACUUCCUUUUAAAUUGAUUUCACCGUAAAACGAUUAUGACAUAAAGUUCCUUACUAUUAUGACUAUAAUUUAUAUUCUUUGUGGUAUAAGAAUCUUAAAACUCAUUUGUAAGUUUGUAAAUUAAAUCAUCCUACCUAAAUAUAUUAUUAGCCCAUAAAUAUUAACAAACACUCUCCCCGUACUGGUUUUCUAAUAAGAAUACAAUGGACAGAAUCAAAUGAGUUUGCAAUCCGAACAAAACUGAAACUAUUGAAACUGUCUUUCACUCGGCAAGUGAUUGGGCAAACCUGAAAGUUUUGGCUUAUGCAUUAUGUUUUUUGUUAACUUUCAUAUUGUCAAGACUGCAAGGUUGCGGCAUUGCUCCACUAGUUCCAAGUCAGUUAGCAGACUAAACGUUAUUCGAGUGUAAUGUAGAUUAGACGUAAAUUUUUAUCGUUAAUAUUAAAUAAGAGUAUAAUGUUAAAAGUGAUAGUCUUAGCGGUACUUGCGGCGGCAGAAGCCAAAGUGCAACAAGAUGUCGCAUCACAACAGAUUAUUAUGUUUAAGCAGAAAACGGGGAAACCCGUAGGUGUAAUGACUGCGAGCUCGGGAGCGCCUAUAGAAUACAAAGAAGCCACAAAUACAUUAAACUCACCAUUGCUCUUCAACGAAUACUUCAUGGACUCUCUCACCCAUCUAGUGCGCGAGAGGAUCCCAGAACGCCUAGUCCACGCCAAGGCCGGAGGCGCCUUUGGAUACUUCGAGGUCAGCCAUGACAUCACCGAUAUCUGUAAAGCCAAAAUGUUUAGUCAGAUAGGAAAGAAAACUCCCGUAGCAGUCAGAUUUUCUCCAGUUGUCGUAGAACGAGGAGGAAUAGACACAUCGAGAGAUGCUAGAGGAUUUGCCAUUAAAUUUUACACAGAAGACGGCAAUUUCGACAUCGCUGGAUUUAACACGCCGAUCUAUGUUUAUAAGGAUCCUUUAUUAUUUACUGCUUUCGUACGAACUCAGAAACGUAAUCCAGCCACCAAUCUAAUGGAUGUUAACAUGCUUUGGGACUACUUGACUCUAAGACCGGAAGGCUUGUAUAUGUUUUUACUCGUUUUUGGGGACCGUGGCAUCCCUGAUGGGUACCGACACAUGCCGGGCUUCGGCAUACACACAUACCAAGUUGUCAAUAAGCACGGAGAGUCCACAUUCGUUAGAUGGCACUUUGUACCUGAUGCGGGUAUUAAAAAUUUACGUUCAGAAGAAGCUAGCAGAAUUGCAGCACAAGACCCUGAUUAUGCUACUAGGGAUUUAUAUAAUGCGAUCGCCAAUGGUAAUCCUCCCAGUUGGAAAGUCAGCAUUCAAGUUUUAACACUUGAAGACGUCAAGAAAGCUGGUUUUGAUGUUUUUGAUGUCACCAAAGCUCUUCCUUUAGACGACUAUCCCUUGAAACCAGUGGGUAGAUUUGUUUUGAACAAAAAUCCCAUUAAUUACUUCGCUGAAAUAGAACAAUUAGCGUUCAGUCCCACAAAUCUGGUGCCGGGAAUACUUGGUGCCCCCGAUAAAGUAUUUGAAGCUAGAAGAAUGGCUUACAGGGACGCUCAAUAUUAUCGCUUGGGGGCUAACUUUAAUAAGAUACCUGUGAAUUGUCCUAUUCAAACUCAAGCACUUGCUUAUAACCGAGAUGGGAGACCUCCACUCAAGGAAAAUGAUCGUGAUAUUCCUAACUACUUCCCUAAUACAUUUAACGGUCCUCAACCGUAUAAGGACCCGAAAAGGCCGCAGUUGAUAGAAAUAUACCAAGACCUACCAAACAAUUUUGACCAAGCGACUGAACUGUACACCCAAGAGAUGACAAAAGACGAGCGAAGUAGAUUGGUUGCAAAUAUACUAUUUAGCUUGGGUGGAGCCGCGAAAAAUUUACAAGAUCGGGCGGUGAAAUUAUUUACAGUAAUACAUCCAGAUUUAGGUGGAAGAAUUCAGAAAGGCUUACUGGCUAAUAGAACUCAAUAUUAUUAUGAAGACUACGAUUACUAACUGCAACAAUACGUAAGAAA